GCGCGCUGUCGUGUGUGUUGCUUCUCCAUCAUAACAUCAACUGGAAGACAUGGACGACCUUUCAGCUCAAUUUCAACAUGAGUCGGUUUUGAUUGAUAUUUUAUGGAGGCAGGAUGUGGAUUUGGGGGUGGAGCGCGAGAUCUUUGAUGGAUGUCUCCGGCAGAGGGAGGAGGAGACCAUGAGAGCGAGAACAAGAGAAAGAGACUUGAAAAGAGAGAGAGAGCUUGAAAGGAUAAUGCAGAGGUUACAAAAACUAGACAAGGAAACUGGAGAGUGUUUGCCUAGCCCUGCAUCUGUGAACUCUCAGGCUGUGCCUUUCUCAGAAAUGUUACCCUCUACGGUGUCGACUCAGUCUUCACCUGUUACCCAGAAUCCCUUGUUGUCUGCCCUGCUGUUUUCUCAGAAGCCUCAGAAGCUUCCUACUCAGAAGCAGGGUUUCGGUGAGCUGGCGUCGCUGCCAGAUUUACAGUAUUAUCUGGAUGUCUUGGAGUCUGAGAGCUCAAGCUUGCCCCUAGAGGACAUCGCUGAAAUCUGCCAACCUAACCUCCCCGAUCCACAUCCGGAAAACUCAACAGAUGCUUUCUGCUGCAUCAGUGAGCUCACACAGGCUAUAUCAGACUCCUUAACAUGCAUACCCUCUGAUCCAGUAGAAGUCCUGGAAACAUGCAUACCGACACUCUCAGAUUCCAGCAACUCUAUGUAUUCCCCCUCAAAUGCAAUCUACACCCCUGAGAACGAAGUCAUUUUACCCAAAUGCCAGAUCAACGAUUCGGUCCUCAGUGAGUUUUGCUCUGAGCUAAACACAUACACCAUUAAUGCUGACCAAUUAAACAUGGCACCUGCCCAACAGACUCUCUCCCAAUUCGAGGAGCGUCACGUUCUGCUGGAUUUUGAUGACUCGGCUUCUGUGGGCUCUGUGGAUUUAGAGACUUCCCUCUACGAGUCCUUAAGUAACGAACAGUCGGACAAAGACGAGCUGGAGAGCAUCCAAUCAGAUUACACCGAUCUGCUGUCAUUAUCCGCAGAUUCAACAAUGUAUGAAACUGUUACAAACGCAGAAAAGCAAACACAAAAGACUAGUGUUCGCCGCGGGUGUCGGGACGAACAGCGAGCCCGAGCGUUGAGCUUGCCUUUGAGUGUGCAUGACAUCAUCCACCUGCCUGUGGAAGCGUUCAAUGAAGCCAUUAGCACAUGUAAACUCAACCACGCUCAGCACACGCUCAUCAGAGACAUCCGGAGGCGGGGUAAAAACAAAAUGGCCGCCCAAAGCUGCCGCAAACGGAAGAUGGAUAGUCUCUUCGGGCUCGAAGACGAGAUUGAGGACCUGAAGAGGAAGAAGGAUCAAUGCAUGGAAGAGAAAGAGAGGAACGCGAGAGAACUUUGUGAGAUGAAGGAGAAGGUCGGGAAACUUUACAUUGAAGUGUUCAGAAUGUUAAGAGAUGAGCGCGGGAAAUCGUACAGUCCCAGAGAGUACAAACUACAGCUCAGCACUGACGGCACGGUUUACCUGCUGCCUCGUAACAGAGCACUCAAGAACAAGAUGUCGACAGAGGAUUUAAAUAUUGCUGUAUAACAAUUCAACGACUUUAUAUUUGGUUUUAUUGAGAUGUUGUGGACGUCAUUGACCUUAUUUAUGACCUCUUGAUGACGUACUAUGAACACUUGUGAUCAGAUUAGUUGGUUUACUGAGUUGAUGGACAAUUUAUUCAGCGGACAUUGCAUCAUCAUUCCAGCUUCUGGUUUCAAUCAUGCAUUACAAUGACUGUAUAACUGGACUCUUAUUUUGAAAACAGGCAUACUAAAUGGGGCAGUUUUGUGAAGCAGGCAUUCAAGAACAACCACACAAUGUUCACAGCUCUUCAGAAUGUAAAAUGCGAGAUUAUAAACUUAUUCUGUGCUCCCCAAAGAGACAUAAAGUCUGUUUAAAGUAUCUUUUGCUAGUUUGACAUAUAAACAUUGUGAUAUUUCCUGCGUAUGUUUGUAAUGAGGCAACAAACACAUGUAAACCGAUUAAUAUACAUGUUUAAUGUAGGUUUAUGCAUCAUGUCAUAUCUCUCAGCUCUUUCUGUGUUUUUUCCGGAGUGAAAGAGUGCCAGUAAACACUUUAUAAAACUUGUAUAGACCCAGAGAGUACAAACUACAGCUCAGCACUGACGGCACGGUUUACCUGCUGCCCCGUAAAAACAAGAUGCCAACAGAGCAUUUAAAUAUUGCUGUAUAACAAUUCAACAACUUUAUCUUUGGGUUUUUAUUGAGAUGUUGUGGACGUCAUUGACCUUAUUUAUGACUUCUUGACGUCACAUGCACGAACAUGGAGCACUUGUGAUCAGAUUGGUUGGUUUAUUGAGUUGACGGACAAUUUAUUCAGCGGACAUUGCAUCGUCAUUCUAGCUUCUGGUUUUAAUCAUGUAUUACGGCUACUGUAUAAUUUAAUUGGAGACUCUUAUUUUGAAAGCAGGGAUACUUAAAAGGUGCAGUUUUGUGACAGGCAUUCAAGGACAACCACAUAAUGUUCACAGCUCUUCAGAAUGUAAAAUGAGAGAUCAUACAUUUAUUCUGCACUCCCCAGAGAGAGAUAAGGUCUAUUUAAAGUAUCUUUUGUUAGUUUAACAAAAAAACAUUGUGAUAUUUCCUGCGUAUGUUUGUAAUGAGGCAACAAACACAUGUAAACCGAUUAGUAUACAUGUUUAAUGCAGGUUUAUGCAUCAUGUCAUAUCUCUCAGCUCUUUCUGUGUUUUUUCCGGAGUGAAAGAGUGCCAGUAAACACUUUAUAAAACUCGUACGGCCCCAGAGAGUACAAACUACAGCUCAGCACUGACGGCACGGUUUACCUGCUGCCUCGUAAGAACAAGAUGCCAACAGAGCAUUUAAAUAUUGCUGUAUAACAAUUCAAUAACUUUAUCUUUGUUUUUUUUAUUGAGAUGUUGUGGACGUCAUUGACCUUAUUUAUGACUUCUUAACGUCACAUGCACGUACAUGGAGCACUUGUGAUCAGAUUGGUUGGUUUAUUGAUUGACUGAACAUUUAUUCAUCAGAUAUUGCAUCAUCACUCUAGCUUCUGGUUUCAAUCAUGCAUUAGGGUUACUGCCUAAUUGAAUUGGGAAAGAAUGAAAUCUCCAAAAUGCUGUCAGUGUUACAGCACUCACAUUUGGAGUUUGGUUCUCUUUAGAGAUGCACUGAUUGAACACAGAAUCCACCAAGACAGUUUUUUUUAUAGUCUAUAACUGGAUACUGGAACAUCAACAAAGGCAUGUGACACAUAAGGCAGAGCAUCUGUGUGUUUAUUAUGUAUUUGUGAUCUGAAAAACCAACCAGCAAUUAAAUGAGAAGUAAGAUGGCCGCCCAAAGCUGUCACAAGUAAAAGAAGGAUCAAUGUGUUAAAGAGAAAAAGAGGAACGCUAGAGAACUUUGUUAGACGAAAGACAAGGUCAAGAAACUUUACAGAGAGGUGUUCAGACUGUUGAAAGACGAGCGCGGAACUUGUACAGCCCCAGAGAGUACAACCUACAGCUCAGCACCGACGGCAUGGUUUACCUGCUGCCCCGUAAGAACAAGAUGCCAACAGAGGAUUUAAAUAUUGCUGUAUAACAAUUCAACGACUUUAUCUUUGGGUUUUUAUUGAGAUGGUGUGGACGUCAUUGACCUUAUUUAUGACUUCUUGACGUUACAUGCACGAACAUGGAGCACUUGUGAUCAGAUUGGUUGGUUUAUUGAUUGACUGACAAUUUAGUCAGCGGACAUUGCAUUAUCAUUUUAACUUCUGGUUUCAAUCAUGCAUUGGGACAGUUGACUCAAAAAUAUUUUUUUUUUGUUCACUAUUUACUGUAAAUUCUAAACUUUCAUGAAUUUCUUUCUUCUGUUUAACGCAAAACAAGGUAAUCUGAGGAAUGUUGGAAAAUGCAGACAUUGAGAUCCAUAGUAGGAACAGAACAAAUACUAUGCCUGUCAAUGGCUGUUUAUUUUUUUUUUCCCAACUUCUUCAUUUGUGUCCAACAGAUGAAAGAAAGACAAACGGGUUUGAAAUAAAUGGAGGACGAGUAAAUGAUGACAAAAUUGACAUUUUGGGUGAACUAUCCUUUUAAAGCAGAGAGGAAUUUCUCAUCAUAUGAGCAUCACAUUUAAAACACAUGUGAAACACAAAAAACAUGUGGGUAAAUAUGUCCAAAACCCCAUUUUAUAUGUAUCUUACGUAUGUUCCACAUGUAAUUUUAACAUUUGAAGCUUGUUUGCUUUAUAUUAGAUACAAUUAGAUACAAUGUAAUUUAAAUCAGUAACUGCUCAUGCAUGUAUAGCAUCUCUGGACUGUUUAAAGCAUCGUUGCCUCUAAAUUUUAAAUUGAUAGUUCAGCCUGUGAUGAACAGACAUCUUGUUUACGUAAAUUCAAUAUUUUCAUUCUGUCUGGCCUCGAUAUUAUUUUACAUUUUUUAAAAAAGUAAAUAAAAAAAAUAAGCAAACAGAAUCAGACACGAAAAUCAAGAAUAGUGGAUCACUAUAGGUUGCAUUUAUGCAUUUAGUCCUGGUUCACAUCAUCUUUCAAAGAUAAAGUGAAAAGCAGUCAACACACACAAACAUCAGCCUAAAUUGAACUGUCUUGUUUGCGUAUUCAGUCCUUUUUAGGGUCACACCUUGUGAAUCAUUAUGAUGUUUUUGGUUAGUUUAGAUGCCUUUAGUCUUUGAUGUGUUCAUAUUUCACAUAAACUGCACCAGAGUUCAUUUGAAACCAGACUGAGAUAAUCAUGAUUUUGACCAGGCAACUGAACCAAGUGUGAAAGCACCAGAAGUGGCAUUACAAACAUGUAUGUAUGUGUCAGCUGGUUGAGCUAACGCACUUACAUUAGUCAUGUUUAAAUAUUUGUGGAAAUAUUUUUAAAUGAUCUUUUGCUCACCAGGAUAUCAGUCUGACAAACAUUACAGAAUAAAACUGUACUAUUGUAGAAUGUUAUUAA